AUGUACCACGUCCGCUUUCGGUGGGCGCAUCGGGUGAAAGGAAACAAGGGUCUCGGCACCUAUAGCGGGGAAGAUGGAGUCAGCGCGCCGUUCUCGUCAAUCUUGGGACAGGGCAGAGUGGGGUACAUGACUGGAGGUGGACAAACGGGGCUCGGUGCUUACCUUCUAGAUGCCAAUUUCACCAUCCACUAUGGACACCCCGACUGUCGCCUCCGCGCUGCGCGCAUUCCCGGACCUGUGCUCUGUGGGCCAAACUCGUAUUUCUCUCCCACCUGUUCUCUGUUUCUCUCCCAGACGGCGGGAUACUGA